UCCGUGAACCAGUUCCGUCGAGCUUGCGCGUUUCAUGUUGACUCGCAAGCACAGAAUCCUGCGAGACGCGGAAGUUUGCGGCUUCGCAAGGAUCAUCAGUGCAGACUCACCUUUCGCGGACAACACGAUAUGAUCCAUAAGCCUCGAGCGACAUUUAAGAAUCGAGAUAAGCUUGAUCGUAACGUUAAAGUCUAGCAAGUGAGAUUAAAGAAAAAUCCAAAUCAAAGAUAAAACUCGGCAAAAUCGUUUUGUAGAAAGAUUUGACAGGGAUUCGAUCGAAAAUGAUGCUGCUGCUAUUGUUACUUGUCGCUUUCGCGGGCAUCCAUCCGAGUUGGUCUCGCCACAACUCCUUGAUGUCCGAAAAUGCAGCUGUGAACGCGGUGCACACGGUUCCGCUCGGUUCGGAGGUGACUUUCCACUGGAGAGUGGAUUUGACGAACGAGCUGGUGGUCGUGGAGGUUCACUACGUCGGUGACAACAACAGCUGGUUUGCGAUUGGAUUCUCCGACUAUGGAGAACAGAAACCGGCUGAUUACUGUGUUUUGUGGUCCGACUGGCACCAACAAGUUCAUUUUCAAGACUCGUGGGCGGACGUCGACGGAAAAUUACACCUGGACACCCAGCAGGACUGCUUGAACUUCGCCUGGAGAAGACGCGGCAAUGUCACGAAGUUCACCUUUUACCGUAAAUUCGACACCUGCGAUGAGUAUGAUUAUAUUAUUGAGAGAGGCACCACGCAUCUCGUGUGGCUCCGCGGUCGCGGACCACUGUCCUCUUUGGCCGGUCUCGAGACGUCAGACGCGAAAGCGUCGGGCAUGUCCCGUACGGAAUUGCGUAGGGUGUCCCAUAAGAAGCCCAAGUUCCCCGCGAACGCCUGGCAGCUGGAACUGCUCGCCCAUCGAGUUCAAGUGCCGAACAAGGAGACCACCUAUUGGUGUCGCGUGCACAAACUGCCAGCGGUGUUGAGGCAAAAGCAUCAUAUCCUACAAUUUGGUCCCGCCAUACAAGCAGGUAACGAACAUCUUGUACAUCACAUGGAAGUCUUCCAUUGCGCCGGGCUCGCGAAUCUGGAAGUGCCGAUGUACGACGGGCCCUGCGAUGGAGCUGAUAGACCGGAAAAGACGCAGAUUUGUAAGAAAGUGUUGGCGGCAUGGGCGAUGGGCGCUGACGCGUUUGUGUAUCCGGAAGAAGCCGGUUUGUCCAUCGGUGGGGCCGAUUUCAAUCCGUACAUCAUGCUGGAGGUGCAUUAUAAUAAUCCCGAACUGCAUCAGGGUGUUGUCGACUCGUCCGGAAUUCGAUUUGUCCUCACAAAAACUCUUAGAAAAUACGACGCUGGUGUGAUCGAGCUGGGACUCGAGUAUACUGAUAAGAUGGCUAUACCUCCGCUACAAGAAGCUUUCACUCUAUCCGGACAUUGCAUAACGGAAUGCACCGGGAUCGGAUUGCCACAAAACGGUAUUCACAUUUUCGCCUCUCAGCUGCACACGCAUCUGACGGGCACCAAGGUCAUCACUCGUCACGUAAGGGAUGGCGAGGAACUAUCAUCAUUGAACUAUGACAAUCAUUACUCCACACAUUUUCAAGAGAUCCGACUAUUGCCGAAACCAGUUACUGUUCUGCCCGGAGAUUCUCUGAUAACCACGUGCACAUAUAACACCGUGAAGAGGGACAAUGUGACUCUCGGCGGCUUCGCUAUAUCCGACGAGAUGUGCGUCAAUUACGUUCAUUAUUAUCCCAACGCGCGAUUAGAGGUGUGCAAAAGCGCCAUAAGCGACGAUGCUCUGCGAACGUAUUUUCGCUACAUGCGAGAAUGGGAAAGUCAAAAAACUAGUGCAGAGAAGGGCAUCUCGGCGAAUUAUCAGAGUAUCGAGUGGACAAAGAUCCGCGUAGAAGCUCUUCACGAUCUCUACGAAGCUGCGCCUUUAGGUAUGCAAUGCAACGGCUCAGAUGGCUCUCGAUUGCCCGGUUUAUGGGACAACAUCGCGGCGACACCCGUUCGAUUGCCUCUACCACCGCCGGCUAGAGAUUGCUUGGAGUCGUCGCUUCAGCAAGAGAUCUUGAAUCAGAUGUGAAUGUCAGCCGUUUAAUUUCAAAUUAGACAAUUGUUCUAUUGCAUGAGUAAUUCAAAAGGGAACAAUAUUAAAAAUUACAGUAAAUAAUAUUAGAGAAAUUAUAUUAAAAUAUAGCAUACUUAGAGAGCAUAUCAAAUUUAAAUCGCUUAGAAACUUCUUUGACAAACUUCAACAUUCAACAUUUACUCCAAACUUAAUACAUGUAUUAUUCUUUCUCCUGGGGCGUUUGCUCAAAUAAAAUUCGCUUUACAAAUCG